AUGAAGCUCCUCGCCCUCACCACCCUCAUCCCUCUCACCCUCUCCCUAACUCUCCCAACCGACACGGCGGCGAAUCAUCCCGCCACCGCUCUCCUCCGCGCGCGCCAGCAGACCGGCUUCCAGCUACACCAGUGCGCGAUCGUCGGCACCGGAAACGCCUACUGCCGGACCUGCGCCAGCACCAGCUGCCCAUCCGUCAAGACGCUCAUCCACGGGCGGAAGUACGGGUUCGACUGCGUCUGCCGAUCGGGCCAGUGCGUUGAUGGCUUCUGUGGAUGGGACUACUACGUCGAUGGAGACUGCUGGGUCUGGGCUUUACGGUAA